AACUAGACAAGAAGGCAAAAAGAGAAAAGUUAGUGAAAGAAUAUUUUAAUUGCGGAAAAAUAAUCAUUUUAGUUAUAAAAAUCGCCAAAUUAAAAACAUUUAAGUGUAAUCUAUUUUUAGUGCGUUUAUCAGAGGUAAUUCACCCCCAACUGAAUAUAAAAGAAAACAAGAUGACGUGGGAACCGCAAGCCGAAGGUUUACAGCAAAUAAUUACAAUCCUCAAGCAAUCUCAGUCGCCGGAUACGGCAACUCAGAUGGCUGUACAACUGAAACUGGAGGAAUUAAAUCAAUAUCCCGAUUUCAAUAAUUAUCUUAUCUACGUACUGACUAAACUGAAAAGCGAAGAUGAACCCACACGUUCUUUAAGCGGUUUGAUUUUGAAAAAUAACAUACGAAUUCAUGGCAACAACUUACAACCCGAGAUUGUCGAAUAUAUUAAACAUGAAUGCUUACAAGCUAUUGGCGAUCCAUCAGCACUUAUACGUGCCACUGUCGGUAUAUUAAUUACAACCAUCGCCAGCAAUGGCGGUCUACAGAAUUGGCCACAACUAUUGCCCUCAUUAUGCGAUAUGCUAGAUUCACAAGAUUAUAAUGUAUGUGAAGGUGCAUUCAGUGCUCUACAGAAAAUUUGCGAAGACUCUGCUGAAAUACUUGAUUCUGCAGCAUUAAAUCGUCCACUAAAUGUAAUGAUUCCAAAAUUUUUACAAUACUUCAGUCACAACAGCCCAAAGAUACGUUCACAUGCUAUUGCUUGUAUUAAUCAAUUUAUUGUUAAUCGCUCACAAGCUUUAAUGCUCCAUAUAGACACUUUUAUUGAGAGUUUAUUCAAUCUAUCAUCUGAUGAGGAUCAUGAAGUUAGAAAGAAUGUAUGCCAUGGUUUGGUCAUGCUGUUGGAAGUUCGCAUGGAUCGUUUGUUGCCGCAUAUGGCACAAAUCAUUGAGUAUAUGUUAAUACGUACACAAGACCCAGAUGAAGGUGUGGCAUUAGAAGCAUCAGAGUUUUGGCUAUCACUUGCAGAGCAAAAUAUUUGCAAAGAGGUCCUUGCACCCUAUUUGGGACAAUUAGCACCAGUGUUAGUACGUGGCAUGCGAUACUCUGAAAUUGAUAUUAUUCUAUUAAAAGGAAAUGUUGAAGAGGAUGAUAUGGUACCCGAUCGUGAAGAAGACAUACGGCCCCGUUUUCAUAAAUCUCGCACACACACAGUCAAGUCUGGGGAAACCGGUGUGGAUGAAGACGAUGAUGACUUCGACGAUGUACUCGAUGAUGAUAGCUCUCUUUCUGAAUGGAAUUUGCGUAAAUGCAGCGCAGCAGCGCUAGACGUACUAGCAAAUGUCUUCCGCGAAGAAUGUCUACCCAUUGUUUUACCAAUACUUAAAGACACACUCUUUCAUCAAGAAUGGGUUAUAAAGGAAAGCGGUGUUCUCGCAUUGGGUGCUAUUGCAGAAGGUUGCAUGCAAGGUAUGAUACCUCAUCUGCCCGAAUUGAUACCUUACUUGAUCAGCUGUCUGUCGGACAAAAAAGCUCUGGUGCGUUCUAUCACCUGCUGGACAUUAUCACGUUAUGCUAAUUGGGUUGUAAAUCAACCACAUGAUCAAUACUUGAAACCAUUAAUGGAGGAAUUGCUUAAGCGUAUAUUAGACUCUAAUAAGCGUGUACAAGAGGCAGCUUGCUCGGCAUUCGCUACAUUAGAGGAGGAGGCUUGCACCGAAUUGGUGCCAUAUUUGGAGUAUAUAUUGAAAACUCUUGUGUUUGCUUUCUCUAAAUAUCAACAUAAAAAUUUGCUCAUUUUAUACGACGCCGUUGGCACAUUAGCCGACUCCGUUGGCCAUCAUCUUAAUAAACCACAAUACAUUGAUAUACUAAUGCCACCGCUGAUCGAGAAAUGGAACUUAUUGAAAGAUGAUGACAAAGAUCUAUUUCCCUUAUUGGAAUGUUUGUCAAGCAUUGCAACCGCAUUACAAUCUGGAUUCUUACCAUAUUGUGACCCAGUUUAUCAACGUUGCAUAUCACUUAUCGAACAAACACUGAAUCAAGACAUGGCGUGUAAAUCGAAUCCGGGAUUUGAGCAUCCGGAUAAAGAGCGCAUGAUUGUUGCAUUAGAUUUAUUGUCAGGCUUAGCCGAAGGCUUAGAUGGACAUAUUGAAUCAUUAGUGGUCAAAAGUAAUAUAAUGCAAUUGCUGUAUCAGUGUAUGCAAGAUGUUCUGCCAGAAGUACGACAAUCAUCAUUUGCAUUACUUGGUGACUUAACCAAAGCUUGUUUCCAACAUGUACAUCCCUUUAUGUCAGAAUUUUUCCCGAUUUUGGGUCAAAAUUUAAAUCCCGAUUACAUUUCUGUAUGUAAUAAUGCAACAUGGGCCAUUGGUGAAAUAUGCAUGAAGUUGGGUGAAGAAACCCGUCAGUACAUACAUCUUGUACUCAAUGAACUCUUCGUAAUUAUAAACAGACCGAAUACACCCAAAACAUUGCUGGAAAAUACUGCAAUAACAAUCGGUCGUCUAGGUUAUGUGUGCCCAGUUGAAGUGGCUCCUUAUUUGCCAGAAUUUGUACGACAGUGGUGUACAUCUCUGCGUCAUAUAAGGGAUAAUGACGAAAAGGAUUCUGCUUUUCGUGGAAUGUGUCACAUGAUUACCGUAAAUCCAGGCGGUGUUGUGCCAGACUUCAUAUUCUUCUGCGAUGCAGUGGCCUCAUGGGUAAAUCCGCCGCAAGACUUGCAUCAAAUGAUACAAAAGAUAUUGCAUGGCUUCAAGUCACAAGUAGGUGAAGAGAAUUGGCGCCGUUUUGUGGAUCAGUUUCCGCAAAAUCUUUCUGAACGUCUUGUUGCUAUGUACAAUAUUUAAAGCGUGAAUGUGUCGGAUAUUGGCAUAUUGGGGGUAUUAAAUGAAGAACCGUAAAUGCAAAACCAAAGCCACUGCGCUUGGCGGUAGAGAAAAGAAGCUAAAACAAAUUUAGGGGAGUAAGUAAAAAAAAUAAUUGAAGAUGGAGAAACUGAGCAAAUUGGCGAAAAAUUUAGCGUACGAACAUCCAAGGAGAGAAGUCUGUUUUCAUUUUCCGCAGCUUAAAUAACAGGUUAAUAAAUAUGAAUGUCAGUCGCAAGUUCACUUUCUCUAUAUAUAUAUAUGUACAUAUAUGUGGAAGUUGCGAUAAUGGGGUAUUAAUUUAGAAGUACUCAAAUACUUUAUUGUAACUGUAUGUUGCUAAUAACCUUUACGCAAAAA